AUGUUGAGGCCAUACAACGCUCCUGGAACACCAACGUCUGGUGCAGGUUCUUCAUCAAAUGGAAACACACAACCUGGAUUGCCAGGCUUCUACGAUCCAACUGAUGGUGCUAAAAAUAUUACAACAGGCUCUUCCUAUGAUCGAACUCUUACCGCCACUAACGAUUCAAAUCAAGGUACUUCCACCGCUACAAAAAAACAAACUGCAACUGGUGAAAAAUUCAAUCCUAGUGACAUGCUAGAAAAAGUUGUGCGACUCGGUAACAGUUCAUAUAAAAUCAAAGCUUACGUUCCAUGUGGGGGCAAACAAUUAUUUGCUCUUGAAUCUGAAAAGCCUUUAAGAGGCUAUGAUGGUAUCUGUCCGGCAUGUGGUACACAGCAUAUGAAACUAGCUGACUCACGUGGCUUUUAUGUCUCAGUCGAUUCCGUCUACCAAGUGCUGGAACAAAAAAAGUUAGAAGAAGAACGUUUACAAGGCCGAAAAGCUAUUGAUCGAUUAGAGAGUGUCGAAGAUAAUCUACCUCCACUUAAGCUUCCAAUACUUGGCCAAAAUAAAGGUAUUGAAGGUGAUUCGAAUUCAUGCUACAUGGAUGCAACGAUUUUCUGUAUGUUUGCUUAUUCUAAUGUAUUCGAUUCAUUACUAAAUGUGGAAACUGAGAAAAAGCCUCUAAAACAAUUACAAAAGCUUUUGAGAGAAAAUAUUGUUCAUGUACUUCGAAGUAAAAUUGGUUUCGUUGAACGUGAUGCCCUAUAUCACUUACGAACUCAACUGAGUAAAGCAACUGGAGAUUCAACAUUUAAAGAUGUAGAAAAAGAUCCAACUGAAUUUUUGCGAGCACUUGAAGGACUUUUUAAUUUUGCACCACUAAAAACGAUCGCACCUGAUCAGCCACCAAAUGCGACGGCAUCAAAUAUAACAACAAAUAUCAUGUGGGAGAUGUUUGAUGCUAAUCCUAACAAUCUGCUUUCAACAAAUAUUGCCAGUAUAUUUCUUAAUUCACUUUCUGAAAUCCCGGCGAAGUUAGCUACCAUUCCGCCUUUUCUCAUUUUGGUUGCUCCUCGUCAUACACGUUCGGAACGGUCUUACCGUUAUAUUAUACCUGAUCGCCAAAUUGCACUUGACAACAGAAUUGUACAACUGGUAUGUCUCAAAUGCCAAUUAACAAAUCAUAAUCCCGAUAGAGCCAAUGAUUUUUAUUCGUGUGACUCAUGUUUUGCGAGAGAAUCUCCAUCAUUGAUUACACCAGACACUGAUGCCAAGAUAGUAUGUUACUGUUCAACAUGUCUAUCCGAUUUACAUAGAGAUCUAGGCAAAGAGCUCAUAAAUCAUAAUGCAAGACGAAUUCCUGUUGAGAAACAUAAACUUAAUUUAUUUGCUGUAUUAUGUAUCGAAGUAGCUCAUUAUGUUGCGUUUGUCAAAUGUCAAAAACAACAAGACCAACAUGAAUGGCUCUUUUUCGAUAGUAUGAGUGACCGAAUUCAUAAUGAAAAGAAUAUACCACUGGUGGACCGUGUACCUGAUUUUGAGAAAUGGAUUGAAACAGCGGGAAAAGAUAAAUACUUUUUUCCAGACUUAGAUGACCUUCGAAAGCAAGCACGACCAUCUUCGCAAAAAUUCAGUGAAAAUGAUAUGCGACGAUUACGUUUAUUUCGUGAUGGUGCUUUUUUCUUCUACGAAAAUUCAAGCGUUAAUUAUCAAUAA